AUGUCUACUAGUCAGAGGAGCAGUGCUUGGAGCGUUACCCCAGCUUAUGACUCGUCUGAGCAUCAGGAUGCCAAGACAACCAAUGACCCUGCCACCCCAGAUGACUCUUCAUCUUCCUCAGUGGUUGGCCCAAGCGACCAAGAUUUUGCGUUUAUGGGAUCUCAAUUUGAUCCUAAACAGUAA